AUGGGCCGCCACCGCUCGACGCUCCGCGACCUCGGCUGGUCCGCUGGCAACUCGCCAAACCCGUGGAAGCAUGGGAGCGCAAAACGUGUCGUGCGCGCGCUCGACUACGGCAGCAUCGAGGUGGAUGCGUAUGCUCACUCGGCUCCCGACGACGCGCGGGGAGGCCGCCUGCUCGACCGGAUCUUCGAGCAGGAGUCGGACGGCGCAGGGCGCCAGCCGCCGCCGCUUGAACGUGAGGGCCAGCGCGGCUCGGUGUCACAGCAGCAGCUGCUCGACUCGCAGCUGCGUGACGGGAUGCGAGGAGAGCAAGGCCACCUGCGGCUCCAAGCCGCGGUGCAGCGCACCAAGCUCGCGGACCCAGCCACGCGGCCCGCGGCAGCCGAGGCGAGGCUCGGUGCGGCGGCGCCCGCGGCGCUGCAGCCGCGCCUAGAGCAGCGCUGUCCCGACGGCGCUGCGCCGCUCGGGGAGCGAGAGCGAGCGCUCGUGCAGGCGCAGGAGCGGGUCGCCGCGAGGGAGACGGCGGCGGCGCAGCUGCUCGCCAACGCCGCGCGCGAGCGGGCUGACCUCCGGGCCGCCAGGGAGGUCGGGGCCGAGGGCCGGGCCUCCGCCGUGGUGGGUGCAAUCUCGUGCAAUCUCAUGUGUAACCUCGUGUCAUCUCAGGUCGGGGCCGAGGGCCGGGCUGCCGUGGAGGGCCGCGUGGCCGUGGUUGGCCGCUCCUCGUCCUGCGACGUCACCUUGCCGAAAGACGACCAGGCGCUGUCUCUGCGCGAGGAGGCGCUCGCCGUGCGAGCUGCGAGUGUGGCAGAGGCGGAGGCGGCCAUCGAGAAGGCGCGCCUAGGGUUUGGGUACGGCCUCAUCGGGGAGGCGCUCGUGCAGCUGCGGCCGGGGGACGUGGUCCAGAUCGGGUCGUCGUCCUUUCGCCUGCAGAUCGACUGA